GCAAAUCAAAAAACCGCGACAAAACAGCACUCAACCGCCAACUGGGAGGAGGAAAAUCCGAAAAAUGAUUUUAUACUCCAAUUAUUCGUCUUUUGGAUACGUGAUGGCUGAUGUUUGGAAUCGUUUAUCGACUCAUCGUUUAACGGGAAGCGCCUUGAAACCGCAUAAAUCGCUGCUGGAAUGCAAUUAACCUUGGUACUUUUCGAUUCAUUAUCCAGGUAACAGUGGAUGGCAAUACUUCAGUAUGAAGCAAGUGUACAAUAUUCAUAAUAUGAAUCAACCCGAUUGCGAAUGGAUCGCGCUGCCACCGCCGCUGCCACAUAAAGACGCCCGAAUAGAACUCGUAUAA